AUGGGCUCUGACCAUUGUCCCAUUCUUGUGGAGACAGAAUCUCGAAUAAGAAGAGGUUGUAAGCCUUUUAAGUUUGAGGCUUCUUGGACUUCUGAUCCGGAGUGUAGAGAAGUGAUUGACAGAAGCUGGCGUAGGAAAUUUCAUGGAACUAGAAUGCAUGUGUGGGGAAGGAAAAUUAAGGGGUGUCGUGUGGAUUUGCAAAAGUGGAGUGAUGGGAAAUUCUUAAAUAAUCGAAAAAUUGCAAAUUCCUUGUUGGUAGAGCUUGAUCAACUUCAGCUGAAUUGGGAUGCAAACUAUGGGAAAAUUGGGCAAGUAAGGAACAAGCUCAAUGAUGUUUGGAGGCAUGAGGAAUUGUAUUGGAAGCAGAGGGCGAAAACCAAGUGGCUCAAAGAAGGAGAUGAAAAUACAACCUUUUUCCACAAUAGUACGGUUCAUAAAAAGAGGAGAAAUCAGAUUGCCCGGAUAAAAAAACCAAAAUGGAGACUGGGAGUGUAA